AUGGUGCUCUCGGGGCAGUGCACAGAUGCUCUGAAGUGUGGAAGCCAUGGAGCAAGUGGAGCCGUGAGUGCCGCUCUCACAUGUUUGAGUGAAGAACAUUUGCUCAUGCCCAAGCAGGUCCUGCAGAGCCUGCUGCUGAGGCUUUGCUGCUCUUUGUUCGGAGUGAGAGAAAAGUGUGCAGGACUCACCAGAUCUGAGUCCUCACUGGCGGAGUGGUACAUUGUGCCCAGUCGAGGCCGGUCAGACCCUCCUCAGCUGCAGCCCAUCUCCUCUGCAGGAACUCCCUCCAGCCUAAACACUUCCCCUGACAAAUCCCCUUGUCUGCCUCCGUCUCUGACUCUGUCCCGGCGCUGGGGAGAAGUUCCAAUGUCCGGCCCGCUUUACUCCGUGAGAGGCAGGGGAGAGGCGGGCGUCUUUCCCACGCUGGGAGAAGACUCACGACGCGCAACCGUCCUCCAGCUCCAAAAACAAGCCCCCCUGCCCCCUGGCCCUCUCCCCUCCCACAUACACACAUGUAGCCCCGCACACACAUACUUGGAGGAAGUGGAGUUUCUUGCCAACACGGCAGGCCUGAAAAUUCCAGAAAGCUCCAAAAGCAGCAGCAGAAGUUUCUUAAGUCCGUGCAGUGUUUGA